AUGCCGAAUCCGGGAGAUGGAGUGUUGGUCGAAGUGGGGUUGAGGUCUGUCGGUGUCGUCGUAAGAUGGAAAUUUGCAAAUUCAUGAUAUGCUCAGCAGUUGACCAGGCGAAGGCAUCGAUCGGAUGAGCUUGACAGAGUCGACAACCAUCACGACCACUAAAACAGCAAUGCCGGCUACCAUCGACCUAUUACAAUCUUUUGACCUUCAACAGCAACUCAGGCAAAUCAGCUUAUAAGGACUCACCAACCCAGAAGAAAGAAAUCUAGUAUCGCCUCGACCAAAGGGUCUCUAUCUCAGGAAUUUCCGAAAUAAAACGAAAGUACGGUUGACCGGUAGCGCACGCAUUUUAUUCAAGCACGUCUGAUGUCUCCCAAUGCCGAUGUCAGCGAGCCUCUUGUGCCAGAAUCGAUCCCAGUCGAAGAGCCUAUAGUAGUAGACGAACGGGACGAGCAUUCUGCGUCCGAACGAUACGAGACAGAUGGCGAGCAAAGCACUAAUGUCGAAUCAAUACCACCCAAAGCCAUCUCGGGCCCACCGACGGGAGAAGCCGAAGCGAAGCCUCGACUCUUAAGCACCCAUAUCGAUUCGGCCACUGUAGCCAUUCCGCCGGUCUUCCAACCUCUCCCCUCCUUCUUCCCGCCCGAUUUCUUCGCCACUCGCUCCCACCCAUGGAACCGAUCCGGCUUCAGAUACCUGGCCUGUGGGCCGCCGGUCGACCAACAACAUCAGGACGUGGACUAUCCGGUUCAUUAUACCAUCGAAACCGCGCCCCCAGGACUGGUGAAAUGGUCCUGGGAAGAUCGCAGCAGCUAUGUGUACGUGACCAAGGACGGCUUGUCGGUUACCACCGAUAGAGGCUUUCGAUCGGCCCGGGCGAAUCUGCCAAUCAGAGAGGGACAGUGGUACUUUGAAAUCAGCAUCGUUCGUGCCGGUGGAGAGAUCAAUCAAGGCGCCCGAUCCGAGCCAGAGGAAGCCCACGUCCGGGUAGGCAUAGCCAGGAGGGAGUCUGGCUUAAACGCGCCCCUAGGGAUCGAUGGGUAUUCCUACGGAAUUAGGGACAAGACUGGCGAGAAAGUACAUCUAUCCCGACCUCAAAAGUACGGCGAACCGUUCGGCUCGGGAGAUGUGAUCGGGAUCCUGAUCGAUCUUCCCAAGAUGCGUCAGCCUCGGGAUGGGGAUCACGACGAUCCGGCGCGGAUCGAGCGGAAACGAAUCCCGAUUCGCUAUCGCCGCCAGCUCUAUUUCGAGUCGGCCGAAUAUCCGAUCUCUAAGGAGAUGGAGGAGCUUGCCGAGUCUGCACUGCCGGCCAAACUGAAAUCGAAACAGGAACCUCACAAAGCCACACUGACGAGCGAGACGCCCAAGAAGAAAAGCCUUCCGGGUCAAAAGCAGGUUGAGGACGAGCCCCCCACUUUACCAGCUCUCCCUAGCGGACCACCCUUGCGUCCUUUAUCCGUCCUGAAAGGCUCGAAAGUAGCAUUCUUCAAGAACGGCGUCUGUCAGGGAGUGGCAUUCAGGGAUUUGUUGGAUUUCUUGCCGUUACGAGUGGACCCAAGUCCUCAAAACAAUGGCUCUAUGCACCAGCUUGGUGAGGACCAGACAGCAGCAGACUCAAACAACGUCAAGAGCGGAGGGAGGCUGUAUGAUGAUGGUACACUCGGAUAUUAUCCCUGUGUAAGUGUCUACGGAGGAGGAAUCGCUCGGCUUAACGCCGGCCCAGAAUUCAAGUUCGCCCCGCCAGACUCAGUCAAUCAUCUGCUCGACGAGGAGGCUGAUCUUCCCGAGAAGGAUACAUCCAACGACUCGACAGGCACGAGUGAAAAAACUUGGAAACCACUGUCGGAACUGUAUCCCAUUCACCUAGCCGAGCAACGAAGACUAGACGAGCUGGAUAUAAUCGAGGCGCAGAAGCAACUAGCAGAAUCCGUCCAACGGGCCAGCCUCGCGCAAGUCGAUGUGACCGUGAAACCGAAAGCUACUUCCAAACGCAAACGCGUCAGCUCGCCUUCCUCCAGCGCUGUGGGGAGCUCUGGUACUGCCAAGGGGAAAAAGAAGGGUAAGGUGGGCUCCACCAGCGAUGGGCUGCUGCCUCAGACUUUCAAGCCAAGCCCCCUGGGAAAUAUGGAGAUCAUCGAAGAACCACAACCCACUCCCUCCACCCAGUCAACCGGCGAGCCUGGAACGGGGACCCAUUCUCCUGCUAUCGGUUCCAAUUAGUCCGUCGAUUACCGUAAUACCCAAUCGCUGCAUCCACAUCAAAACUCUCAUCUCGGAAUCACCAUAACUAUUCAAGGUCAAAAAAAAAAAAAUUGAUUUGCUCCGCGAGUCAUUCGAAUCAUCUUAUCAUACUCUCUAUCUUCUGUUAUUGUGUAUUUAAAUUUUUUUUUUUCAAUCCAUCAAGAUAUAUUCUCUCACAAACCAUUCUUGGUAGUUUGGAUAUUUAUCACGGAAGGUGUGGCAUUAAUCAAUCUCAAGUAAUUCGUGUGAGCUUAUUCCAGCCAUCAAUCAGGCUCACAAAGCCCACGGCUCCCAUCCCAAAGCCAGAAAUCACAACCCUGACAUAAGGAUUUCUUUUAGUAAUGAUCUGCUGAGAUGCGAGUCUUGUCAUGUUUCAAGAACGAUUAUCCUUCCAUCAUGUAUCGAAUGAAUGUGGCUCUACAAGUCGUAAAUCCUAUAUGCUGCUCUGAUCCUAUGUAUUUUAUUAUCUCUUGUUCUUUGGUCAUGCUAUUUUUGUCUCCAAUCAGAUUGGAGUGCCAGGGCGGAUCGGGCUUGAUCCAAAUCUCUUCUCCGCCUGUUUAUUUGCCCCUCUGUCUGUAAAAUGAUCUAUUACA